CACAGAGCUGGAGGGAGUCAGCUCGCUCUCUGAUUGGCUGAGCAGCGCUACGUGUACAUCAGUCAGUUACAGGUAGCUCGCAUGUGACAGUUAUCUGCGUGCGUGUGUGUGAGUGUGUCUGCUGCUGCUCUCUGCUCUCUACUUCAUGGGAUGCUGCUUUCAAUCACUGGCUGCAUGGUGAGGAUUUCUCUGUAAACACUCAGGAGGAGGAAAGUUAGUUUAACUUCCAAGGCCUGUUGAAGCUGUGGGAUCACUUUCAGAGAGAGAGAGAGAGAGAGAGAGAAAGGUGAAGGAGGCAGCAGCAGCAGCAGCAGGAUGAAGUCCAAAGGGAAGGCUGUGAAACCAUCCAGGAGGAGCUGGUCUGACCCCGAGCCAGAUCUGGAACCAGACACAGAACCAGAACCGGGCUCCAGCGAGCAGGAAGGCUCGGAGGCCUCGGUGCGGAUCGGCGGCUCCUGGAGGGGGUCGCUGAGGGGCGGGGAGGGCAAGCGGCAGAGAGGUGGAGGAGGCCGGCGGCGCAGGCAGCGCGGCUCCGGCACCAAGGAGCGCAGCGUCCGGCGGCUGGAGAGCAACGAGAGGGAGCGCCAGCGCAUGCACAAACUCAACAACGCCUUCCAAGCGCUGCGAGAGGCCAUCCCCCACGUCAACACCGACAAGAAGCUGUCCAAGAUCGAGACCCUAACCCUGGCGAAGAACUACAUCAAGGCCUUGACCACCGUCGUGGUGGACAUGUCGGGGGCCUGCCUGCCUGCCGGCGGGGUCACGUCGGAGGACAAGCUGCUCCAGUGCUACCAGCAGCACCUGGAGGACGAGGGGGAGGAUGAUCUCACCCAGUACCUCACCCACAUGCACAGCUUCACCCAGCGCAGCUAACAGUGGCUGCAAAAGGCGGUUUGGAGAGCAAGGAGGCAGAGAGAGAGGUGUGGUGGGGUGACCUUUAGGGUCAAACGAUAUCCAGUGAACUGCUCUGGGAUCUGCUCAGCUGUCUGUAGGAAAAUGGGUGCUGUUCUAGAUCAUAGACCUCUGACAAAUCAACCCACGCUUGACCACAGCAAGAGGUUGUCUAGAACGUGCCCUACAUGCAAAAUAUGAAAUGAUUUGAGGACCAUUUACCGAGCAGACAAAAAGACUGCAGACUGGACAGUGAAAAGCAGAUGGAUCAUUGUUAUUAUGUGACAUUUGUUAUUGUACUCGGGGGGGCUCAUCUUUCGCCAUUCCGUCUCUUUAUUUCUCAUCUUCUACAGUUUGAGCAGCAGCAGGAGCUUGUUCUCUUUUGUGUUAUCUUGUGAUCUUCUUGUGUGUUGAGAAACCUGCUGAGCGUAGCCUCUGGUCAUAACUGUCACAUCCAGGAAGAAA